AUGCGUUUCUACAUCGUGAUUGUAUUGAUUGGAUUGGUUGCUGUGGCUGCUGCUCAGGGACAGCAGGAAGAGCAGGAUAACAUUGAACUAUCUCAAGGCGAUCAGCAAGACCAGCAAGAUCAACGAGAUCAACAAGAUCAACAAGAUCAGCAAGAUCAACAAGAUCAAGAUGAUCAGCAAGAUCAGGAAAGUGGCUCCCAAGGCGAUCCAGAGGGUGGCUCAUCUAACUUUGAAAGCUCUGGAGACAACGAAUCAAGCGAUAACGCCGAUGUUGCUGAUAAUGCUGAAGAGAAUACUGAUGAUUCCGUUUAA